CAAAUAUUUUUCACAAAAUGAAAGUUUGCUUGUGAUUGUGUUCUUCACAAAGAAAGCAGAAUUAACUCUAAACCCUCCAAUUCCUCCAAAUAUGAUACCACUUCCACCGCCGUUGGAUCUCGAGUAAAAAACCAAUCAGAACGAACUGCAGUUCAACUUCAUUGACCGUUGUUAGACUUCGCCCAUUAACCACACUUCUCGUCCCGCUUUCCGCACUUCUCUCCUCAUUCUUCAACGAUGAGCAUUACGAUGGAGCAUUUCGCCAUCGGGAACCCUAACUCCCGCUUGAAUCGGUGCUUGAGGCAAGCAUUUAGCGCUCGCCUUUAUACACCGGCGACGCUAGGGUUGGAAUCCGGUCGCCUUCGAUUUGCACAUUCCAGAAGCUGCAGGGUCUUAGGUCUGGGUCAGUCUAUUUACCCUAAAGGCCCUGGUGUAGCCCCGUUGCGCAAAAGGAGUCUCUGCAAGAGAUCAAAUUUCUUAUUUGCCGCUGCUCAUGAAGAACCGAUUUCAGACAUCAAAGGGGAGUAUGAGAAUGAUGAUCAUGGAAAGGCUGAUGAUGAAUUACAAGAAGCAUGGAGACGUGCUCUUGAUUUGUUCAAUGAACAAGCCAUAAAGAUGAAAAGCAUUUCAAAAGAAGCAUAUGAUGUGUAUUCUACUAAAGCCACUGUUAUUCUGGAAGAGACUUCUGAGAAAUUGAAGAUUCAAGCUGAGAAGGCAAGGCAUGAUUUAAGUGUGACCGCAAAGGAAAUCAGUGAGGGGAGUAAAGAAUAUUUAGCCAUUGCUGCUGAAAACUCUCCCGAACCAGUAAAGGACAUUAUGGAAACAUUUGCUUCCUCAACUGAUGAUUUGAAGGACAUAUCCAAUGUGCUAGACUUUUACCUUGGAAUUCCAUACGGCGCUCUUCUCUCUGUUGGUGGCUUUAUGUUAUUCAUGCUAACUGGUAGUAUCCCUGCCAUUAGGUUUGGACUUAUUCUUGGUGGGACCCUUUUGGCUUUUAGCAUCUCUAGUCUAAGAUCAUGGAGGAAAGGAGAGUCAACUUCUCUAGCCUUAAAAGGGCAGACAGGAAUUGCUGCCAUCUUAUUUCUCAGACAGUUCAGAUUGCUGCUUCAGAGAUCAAGCAUUGUAAACUUUUUGAUGUUCCUUAUCAGUGGUUCAAUGGCAGCCUUCUUUGCUUACAGAAUCAUAAGAGGUGGUGAGCACACCAAGGGUUUGGCAGAAAGUCAGUGAGAUGAAUGUAAGUUGCUGGUCCAAAGUUGUAGAGAAGAGUGUGCGCUGUGUGCAAAUGUUCUCAAGCAAUGACCAAAAUCUUAAACACCGGUUAUUCCCAUCACCCAAGAUAGGAAUCAGUGUGCUGCUGCUUUGCCUCCAGGUUCCAAUGGAUGCAAACAUUGGUUUCAGGAAGUAAAUCUGUCUGCUAGGAGACCACCCCCCCCACCCACCCAAUGAAAUUUUGAGUCAGUAGUGGCAUGUGUAGCAGACAUGUGCUCUCUCUUGAUAAUGUGAUAUUAGAAUUGGUCAAUGAUUUCACCAUGCAGGCAAGUUUAGCAAGAAUGUUAGUAUACUUGAAUGUUUGUACUUGGUAAUGAAUUGGUUCUUGAACAAUGCUUAUGGAUUUUUUCCGAAAUUGAAGCUUUUAUGUUGUUUUUCAUUCACCACUA